UAAAUCCGUUAGCAAAGGAUCGUUAUUUGGAGUUUUCUGAAAUCCACCACCAUGAAGCGGCUGUUGUUCCUACUGCUUUGUGUUCUCAUAGUUAAAUCCCACGGCAGCUUAGGAUAUAACGGGGAGGAGGAAGAAAGAUCAUUAAAGCCUAAUGUGGAUGCUCGGGGUCAUCGUCCAUUGGAUAGGACACGGGAAUACGGUCUACCUUCAAGAUCAGUUUCUCCCCCCAUCAGUGAAGGUGGCUACAGGGCUCGCCCAGUAACAAACACUCCUGCUGGCCAAAAGAAAGUGGAGAGAAUCCCCCCGGAUGCUGGAGGCUGCAGGCAUGCUGACCCUGAUCUAGGAGUGCUCUGUCCUACUGGCUGUGUGUUGCAAGAUAAUUUAGUAAAACAAGAAAGAACUGUCAGAAGUGCCGUUCAAGACUUAAGCAACAGCAUUGAGCCACUUUCCGAAGCCUCUUCUACUUCCUUUAAUUACAUGAGAAUCCUAAAAGAUGCGUGGAAUAAGAGGGAGAAGCAAGUAAAAGACAAUGAAAAUAUUAUAAAUGAGUUCUCAGAUGCGGUGGAACAUCAUCAGAGUUACAUCAAGGAGGUUGUAGAAAAUGGCUUCCCAACUAAUAUCCAAGUGCUCCGUACAGUUCUGGAACACUUAAGGAACAAAAUACAGAAGUUGGAAAGUGUAGUGACAUUUCAGACAGAUUACUGCUUCAAACCGUGCACCGUCAGCUGCAAUAUUCCAGUGGUUUCCGGCAAAGAAUGUGAAGAUAUCAUCAGGAACGGAGGGGACACAUCUGAAAUGUAUCUCAUCCAACCUGAUAGCACAGGCAAACCAUAUAAAGUUUACUGUGAUAUGACCACAGAAAAUGGAGGAUGGACAGUUAUUCAGAACCGUCAAGACGGUAGUGUUGAUUUUGGUAGGAAGUGGGAUGCAUAUAAAAAAGGAUUUGGAAAUGUUGCUACCAAUGAAAAAGAUAAAAAAUAUUGUGGUGUACCAGGGGAAUAUUGGCUUGGAAAUGAUAAAAUCAAUCAGUUUACCAAAAUGGGACCCACUGAACUUUUGAUUGAAAUGGAAGACUGGAGUGGUGCUAAGGUUAAAGCACAUUAUGGAGGAUUCACAGUUCAGAAUGAGCUCAACAAAUACCAAGUCUCACUUAGUAAAUACAAAGGAACUGCUGGCAACGCUCUCAUAGAAGGAGCAUCUCAGCUAGUUGGAGAGAACAGGACUAUGACUAUUCACAAUGGCAUGUACUUCAGCACAUAUGACAAAGACAAUGAUGGAUGGUUGCAUGCAGAUCCAAGAAAACAGUGCUCUAAGGAAGACGGGGGCGGAUGGUGGUACAACAGAUGUCACGCAGCCAAUCCAAAUGGCAGAUACUACUGGGGUGGGGCAUAUAGCCGGGAUAUGGCAAAACACGGUACUGAUGAUGGAGUAGUAUGGAUGAAUUGGAAGGGUUCAUGGUAUUCAAUGAAAAAGAUAAGCAUGAAAAUUAGACCAUACUUUCCACAGUAAUGCUUACGAAAAUUACGACCUAAUAAGCAACUGCAGAUAUUUUUCUCUUCUUACAUAGACACCUCCUUUUUGUAUGUGAUGUUUUUUGGAUUUGCCUUAACACAUAAGAACCAAAGUCUGUGUGGGCAACAUGAAUCAGAAAAAUUAUACAGGAAAUAAGGUGACAAAACAGCCUGUAAUUUUCUCCAGUGCUUUCAUCGUAUUACUCACCAAGAAGGUGCUGAAAAGUCUGGUAUGAGUUCAGAAUAAAUGGUUACAAUAUCUGUUCCAGCAAAAUAAAAAGCAAACUUUGAAUUUG